AUGGCACCGGCAGAGGGCGACGCGCCCAAGGCACGCACGCAGGGGAGGGGCGACGCGCAGGAGCGCGCCAAUCAAUCGGGGGACGCCAGCAAGGCGUCUGAGUCGCGGCGGAAGCAGGGCGACAACGGCGAGGAGCACGUCGACGCGGAUGGCGAUGAGGUGAUGGCGAGCGCCUCCGUGGAUGCGGAGGCCAAGGAGAAUGAUGAGCGGCUGAAUUCAGAUUCCGCUGCGUCAAGCCGUCUGAACGCAGUUUCAAUCAGCUCGAAAGGGGGUUUCAGCCACAUUCCUCAGCUGUUACUCCACCACUUCUCCGCCGAAGUCACAUCAACGCGCAGCAGGCUGAAUACACUCCACUCUCCACAGUAUCAGUUCACGUAA